AGCACACUCUGGCAACCACAUUUAUUUUGGCAGGGCAGAAGAGGCGAGGUCUGCGUUCGCAGUCGGCGCCCGGAAAAGAUGCGAGUGCCGAGCCUUGCACUGUCCUGCCUUCUCGCGUUGUAAAAAGUUGCGUGACUUCGGCCCCAGCCUCCUUUCCUCCCUGAGUUAGUGUGGAAUGGCUGCAGUUUGGCAACAAGUACUGGCAGUGGACGCAAGGUACAAUGCUUAUCGCACGCCUACCUUCCCGCAGUUCCGCACGCAGUACAUCCGUCGACGCAGCCAGUUGCUCAGAGAGAAUGCAAAGUGUGGCUUUGAGCCAGGGCUGCGCAGACAAUACCUGAGGCUGCGCAGCCAGCUGCUGGCCCUGCGCUACGGGCCCCUCUCUGAGCAGAGCAGCUUCCGAGCCAGCAGCGUGCGCAGCUCCCGCACCACGCUGGACCGCAUGGAGGAUUUUGAGGAGGAUCUGAGGGCCCAAGGGGCACGGGGGCACCGCAGGUCUGUCAGUCGAGGGUCUUACCAGCUGCAGGCCCAGAUGAACAGGGCUGUAUACGAUGAGAGGCCACCUGGCAGCCUUGUGCCCACCUCGGUGGCAGAGGCCAGCCGUGCUAUGGCAGGAGAUACCACCCUGAGUGAGAAUUAUGCUUUUGCUGGCAUGCACCAUAUAUUCGACCAACAUGUGGAUUCAGCUGUCCCAAGAUUACAGUUUGCUAAUGAUGACAAGCACCUGUUGGCCUGCUGCUCCUUGGAUGGCACCCUGUCCAUCAUGGCAUUGUCACCAGCCCCACCAAGUGUCAAAAUCACCCUUCGGGGCCAUGCUGGUCCUGUCACUGACUUUGCCUGGUCCUUAAGCAAUGACAUCAUUGUGUCCACAUCAAAGGACAGCACACUACGCAUCUGGAACACACAGGAUGGUCGCUGCAUUCGAGAGGUUGCAGACCCGGAUGCCAGCGAACUCCUCUGUUGCACCUUCCAACCCAUGAACAAUAACCUGACAGUGGUGGGGAACAGCAAGCAUAUCCUGCAGGUGGUGAACAUCUCCACAGGGAAGAAGGUGAAAGGGGGCUCUAGUAAGCUUACAGGGCGGGUACUGUCCCUGUCCUUUGAUGCACCAGGCCGGAUCCUCUGGGCGGGGGAUGACUGUGGCAGCAUUUUCUCCUUUCUGUUUGACAUGGCUACAGGGAAGCUGACGAAAGCGAAGAGGCUGGUGGUGAACGAGGGCAGCCCCAUUUCCAGCAUCUCAGCUCGUUCAUGGAUCAGUAGGGAGGCCAGGGAUCCCUCUCUCCUCGUCAACGCAUGUGUCAACAAGCUACUGUUGUACAGGGUUGUAGACAAUGAGGGCACUCUCCAACUAAAGAGGAGUUUUCCCAUUCAGCAGGGCUCUCAGCUCCUGCAUAGCAUUUUCUGCCCCUUAAUGUCUUUCAGACAGGGUGCCUGCGUGGUGACGGGCAGUGAGGAUGCCUGCGUGUAUUUCUUUGACGUGGAACGCAACACCAAAGCCAUCGUCAACAAGCUUCAAGGCCAUGGUGGACCAGUAAUAGAUGUCAGCUUUAACUGCGAUGAGAGCCUUCUAGCCUCCUCGGAUGCCACAGGCAUGGUCAUAAUUUGGAGGAGGGAGCAGAAGUGACAGCACUAUGCUAUUAGCUUCCAGUUAACCAUAGAUACUAUACCAUCUGUACUGCAAUCCUUCCUGGUGUUCAGAACCUGCAGUGUUUUAAAAAAAAAAAAAAAAAUGCUUCCAUAAAUUCUACAGCCACCAUAUGCAUAACAAUAUUAUUAGAUAUGAUAGAGAUAAAGCUACUUAAGAUUUAGCAUUCUAUAAAUAAUGAAAGUCUGGAAGCAAUUACUGGGCUUAACAAGGGCUUGUAGGGAAGUUAUACAAUAUAGCAUAAACAAAUAAUUUAUUGAUUGGAUGCAGGUUGUUCAUGGUAGGCUCUCCAUGUCUUUGGUUUUGUCUAAUGUUGAAAAUGCCCAACUUGUACAAUGAGUCACUGUAACUAUUUAAGCACUAAAGAAGUACUACUGAGUUAAGUAAUUCAUUUGUUUUAAAAGUGUAGUGUGAUAUAUGUGAAAAACAUCAGUGGAUAAUUAGAGGAUGCAGCUUUCCAGUGAAGAUUUGUUUCUUGGUAUUUUUGUAUGAGCUUUUAGUUAUGUACUUAGCUUAAACCAAAAUGACAUCACAAGGCCAGUUUUAUGUAAUAUAUCAGACAUGACAGAAUAUGCUGUACACAGACAGAGUUAAAGGAAAACUGAGUGUGGGGGAAAAAUAUCAAUUUUUUUUUUUUU